AAGAGCGCAGUUUUACAAAAAAAAAAAAACAAGUAAAUAUAAAAGAACAUUAAAAUUCGUAUACAGUUUAUAAAGUUUUGUUUGGCACACGCAAAUUGCACAUACACAACUGCAACACUAAGAAGAAGAACGCACUAUAACAACAAAACAUGCUGAGCGAUAAGAACGAAGCUGAGUCGAGCACGCCUCUGGCCGAUUUCAUUGUGCCGCCGGAUCCGGAGCGGGUGGAGGAGCCAAUCGUGCCGCUGGCACAGCUGCCCAAAAUGAGCGAAACACCCGCAUUGCCAAUUGCCACGCCCACGGCAACACCAACAAGCACAGGCACAGGCGCAGGCACAGCGACACCAACGACUGCAAAUGGCAACACAACUGUGGCCAGGAGCCGCUCCAGCGGUGAGGACGGCAUCUUCUCGGUGCUCUACUCGGUGGGCAAGAAGGUGGCCAUUGUGGGCUCAAUUUAUCUGGUCGGAUAUAUGGGCUGGUCUGUGGCCUGGCUUAUAGCGCCUGUCAUUUUGUCCGUGGCCCGCGAUCAGCUGGCGAAGACAUCAGCGAAGAAGCGCGACAUUGCCAAGGCAUCGGCGCUGGCCUCCGAGAAGGAUGUGAUCCUGGCGCGCAUCGACGAGCUGCCCGCCUGGGUAUAUUUUCCCGAUGUUGAGCGCGCCGAGUGGUUAAAUAAGAUUCUGAAGCAAGUGUGGCCCAAUGCCAACCAUUUCGCCCGCUCCCUGGUCAAGGAGACGAUUGAGCCAAAUGUGGCUUUGGCCCUGUCGCAGUACAAGAUGCACGGCUUCCGCUUCGAUCGGAUCAUAUUGGGCACAAUACCGCCGCGCAUUGGCGGCGUGAAGAUCUACGAUAAGAACGUGGACCGAAAUGAGAUUAUAAUGGACCUGGACCUAUUUUAUGCCAGCGAUUGCGAUAUCAACUUCUACUUGGGUGGCAUGAAGGGCGGCAUUAAGGAUUUCCAGAUACACGGCUGGGUGCGCGUUGUGAUGAAGCCACUGAUACGCUCCAUGCCGCUGGUGGGCGGACUCCAGAUAUUUUUCCUAAACAAUCCCAAUAUUGACUUCAAUCUGGUGGGUGUGAUUGACUUUAUGGACAUGCCCGGACUGUCGGAUCUGUUGCGUCGCAUCAUUGUGGAGCAGAUUGGCAAUGUGAUGGUGCUACCCAACAAGCUGCCCAUAUCCCUCAGCGAGGAGGUCUCCGCUGUGGCGCUCAAAAUGCCCGAGCCUGAGGGUCUGUUGCGUAUACACGUCGUGGAGGCAAAGAAUCUGAUGAAGAAGGACAUCAGUAUGCUCGGCAAGGGCAAAUCGGAUCCGUACGCCAUUAUCAAUGUGGGCGCACAGGAGUUCAGGACGCAGAUCAUUGAUAAUAAUGUGAAUCCCAAGUGGGAUUAUUGGUGUGAGGCGUCUAUUUUUACCACCAUUAACCACUUGGUUGGUUUUUCUUUGUGGGACUAUGAUCAAAGUAUGCCAGGCGUACAGGCCGAUGAUGUAUUGGGCAGAGCCUCCAUCGAUAUAUCCAGCGUUAUCAAGAAGGGCGUUCUAGAUACUUGGCUUACUCUAGAAGAUGCCAAGCAUGGCGAUCUGCAUGUACGUCUGCAAUGGUAUAAACUGACCGCGGACCCGAAUGAUCUGCAGCAAAUCUUACUGGAAACGCAGCUGCUGCGUGUGACGACCAUGAGUUCGGCUGUGCUAAGCGUUUUCAUUGACUCGGCUAGGCAUCUGAAGCAAGCACGUUCCAACUCCAAGCCCGAUCCCUAUUUGGUUUGCAGCGUCAAUAAACAAAAGAAACAGACUGCAAUGAUCCUCCGCGAUGAUUCGCCCGUGUGGGAGCAGGGUUUCACCUUCCUGGUGAACAAUCCGGACAACGAGUGCCUGAACAUUAAGAUCUAUGAUCAGAAGACAGGCAACGAUAUCGGCCAAUAUACCUACACACUGAGCACUCUGCUGAAACAGUUCAACAUGGAAGUCAUACAGCAACCCUUCCAACUGCAGAAGUCUGGACCCGAAUCGAAACUAUAUAUGUCACUAUCUCUGCGCAUUUUGAAGGCUGGCGAAAUCGUUAAGGAAUCCGAAUCCUCGGAGCAGGUGGCAGCCCUGCAACGCAGCACCUCCACCGACGUGCCAGUACUGUCCUCCCAGUUAUCCAAGGACGAUCAGCCGAAGAGCAAACGCCUUUCCGCAGAGGCUCCGAUUGGCGAGGAGGAGGCCGUCAAGAGUUCGCCAGUGAUUCCGGCAUCCGCAUCCCUGGAGAAGCCAAUUAGCGAGGUUGUCAGCUCGAUGCUGACACAUCGUAUGCCCGAAACGACCUCAACUGCCGGGGAGCAUGGGCUUGGUCGCAUACAGCUGUCCAUCACGUACUCGGAACAGCGCCAGAAGCUCGAUGUAACCAUACACAAGAUAAUGAAUAUACCGUUGCGUGAUCCCAGCAGCAUACCGGAUCCAUAUGUCAAGCUGUAUUUGCUGCCUGGUCGCACCAAGGAGUCCAAGCGCAAGACCAGCAUCAUCAAGGACAACUGCAAUCCCGUCUAUGACGCAUCCUUCGAGUACCUCAUCUCGAUUGCCGAGCUGAGGCACACGGCACUCGAGGUUACCGUCUGCACACAGAAGGGUUUCCUAUCCAGCGGCAGUCCCAUCAUUGGCAUGCUUAAAUUACCUUUGGAUGACAGCGAUAUUACAGCGCCCGCUGGCCUAAAGUCCUGGUUUGAUCUGCAGCCAGAGCUGAAGCACGAGUGAAUCAGCUGGGGGAAAUUUGAAUUAUUCAUCAGGAAUCACAGUCAGCUGAAUCUGAACUGAACAUUUGUCAUUGUUUUGUAUUUAAUUUGUGUAUAAAAGUAAAUUGUAUUUAUGACUCUCUUAAGCAACACUGGUUGGUCUUUCAACACUAGAACCAAAACUCUCUUAGUCGUGCCUCUGAAUCUGUAUUUUCUAUUGUAGUUUAAAUAACGCGAACAAUUUGUGUUUACAACUGUAAUUAAUGUGUCUUUAACAAAUAAAAAAAUAUUCAUUUUACAAAAAUAA